AUGAUCGGCCCCGGUAAAGCCAUCAAUACUUCCUACUUCCGCGUCAUCUGCCCGUCUGUACUUGGCAGUCCGUUUGGUGCGACGUCGCCACUGACAACUAACCCACUCACGGGCGAGAAGUACAAAGCAUCAUUCCCGCAACUUACGCCCGCCGACAUGGCGCGUUGCCACGCCAAGAUCUUGGACGACCUAGGCAUCGACAGCGUCCACACGGUCAUUGGCGCCAGUAUGGGCGGUAUCCAGGCACUCGAGUUCGCGGCCCAGUUCCCGGAUCGCUUGGACCGGCUUGUCGGUCUUGCCUGCACGCACCAGACCACUCCGGGUACGGUUGCCUUCCGCCGUGUGCAGCGUCGUGCGAUCCUUGCCGAUCCGGAGUACAAGGACGGAAACUAUACACCUGGAGUGCCUCUUGAAGGAAUGAAGGUAGCGCGUGAGCUGGGCAUGACAUGCUAUCGCUCGCGCGAGGAAUUUGACGCCCGUUUUGACUGGAAUCCAACCGGCCGGAUGCACUUCAUGACAGCGACGUUUGAGGUCGAGAGCUACAUGGAUUACCAGGCCAACAAGUUCGCUCGAUUGUACGAUCCCAACUGCUACCUGCUGCUGUCAAAGGCCAUGGAUCUGGCCAACCUGGGUCGCAAUGCGCUCAAUCUCGCCGAGGGCACUAGCCGCAUCUCGUGCGACACUCUGAUCAUCGGCAUUAAGCAGGACCUUUUGAUCCCGAUCCAGGAACAGCGCAAUCUGGUGAACAUCUUGCAGUCGUAUGGCCACAGUGCUCAGUUAAUGGAGGUGGAUUCCAAGUUCGGCCACGACGCCAUGUUCAACGGCCAAAUGCAGCGCGACGUCUUCUCUCCACUGGUACGCGAGUACGUUGAAGAACAGCUCGCCAACAUCCUGCCGCACGAGCAACACCGCUACAGCAGUCUGUAA